AUGAGCCGCCUUGCUCUCCUGCCGGGCGCUGCGGCCUUUACUUUGCUUCAAAGUCCACUUUGGGAACCUGAGCUGCAGGCGCUGUCGGUAGAAGCCUCCAUGCAGUGGAGUGUGAAGGCCAUUGAAAACCCAGGACCCAGCUAUGGGGCCUUAGAUGUUGAUGGUUCUUGUGACCACUUCGAGCCGCUGCGGAACUUUACCCCGAAAAACCCACUGGCAGAUGACUUCGAGAAGCCAACAGCUGUGAUACCCAGGUAUCGAAAACUCACAGCCGGCCAGCUUCAAGACUUGGUUUCCAACGGCCAGCCCUUUGUUGUGGAGGACUGCGGUCAAGACGCUCCUCUUAUCUCAUGGAGCUGCAAGGACUAUGCCCUUCGCUGGCCUGAAGGGAAGAUGCGGGCGGAGUAUUCCGAAGGGCAGCGGCCCAUUCUGCUGGGAGAUGCCGAUUGGUUCAGGACUUUGCGGCCAACAGGUCUACAUAGCCAACAUUUGUCCAAAGGUGACAAGUUGGCAGGGCCCUACAUUUGGCAUGUGAAAGACCAUGAGCCCAAUCAAUGCUGCAACUCCACCGAGACGUGUUGGCCAGUGAAAAGGUCUGUCCAAGAGCAUUGGAGGACGCCAUACUUUUUGCGCCAGCAGCAUAUCAAUGCGCAAGAAGCAAAGGACUCCUUUGAGCUAUGGUUCAGCUUGGCUGGUGGUGGUGCCUUGAGUCAUGCUGAUGCGUACAACGAGAUGACUCUCUCGCUCCAACUGCGUGGGUCAAAGGAAUGGCGUUUGGCCAUGCACCCACCGGUUGCAACCGCGUUUGAUGCGAUUGAAUCGCAUGAUGGAGGCAUCUACAAAUCCAAGAGAUGGAUGCCCGAAUAUGACUUCACCCUGCAUCAAGGGGAAUGCUUCGUGUUCCCGCCUGGCUACUUCCAUGAAACCUUUGUAAGGCCGGAUGCUGCUGCAGAACACUGUACAGUUGCAGCCACUUUCCAGUUCAUAGCGCCUUUGCCAGCGCGCUACUGGCGAAACUUUCUGCCUCGCUGGUUCAAUAGCCACCUGAGCUGGGAGGAACAUAGCCUGGAGGUUUGGGCUCCAGUGGCAACUCUGUCCCAUCAAGGCGGCACGAAUUGGGAAGUCAGCGCAAGAACUUCCCUUUUGCUACGCAAGCUUGACUCUGAUCAGGACGAGAGAGUAUCAUAUGCUGAGGUCGAUGCCUUCUUCCAGCGGCCGGAGAACCACUGGGCAACGGAUAAGGACUUCGCGUGGUUUCCAUUCGUCCCGGCAGAUCAGGCGGCUCAGGUCAAAGAUGAGGUAGCUUGGGAGUUGCGAAGGUCGGUCGCAAGAGCUGUCGUUGACUUCCAUGAUUUGGAUGGUGAUGGCCAGAUCUCAGGAUCAGAGCUCUACACAAGCCUGUGGCAGUGGAAAGUCCUGGUCCAAAAGAAGAGAAGCUUGAUGAAGCUGUUCAAAAAGCGCAAGGGCAAAACCAAUAGCCAAGAUGUGUUGAGGUUCGAGAUUGACUUCUUACGACAACAUGCUGGUUGCUCCCAGUUGGGCAGAUUGCGAGCGGAGGCUGCCUGUCAGCGACUCUCUGAGCUCCAGAUGCAAAAUCCCAUCGGCCAAAGUGCUGAGAUUCCUCUGUUUCGAGUUAUCGCCGGAGAGGAGGAUGAAGAAUAUGACAUCGAGGAGUCCAAGCGUCGUGAGGAAUUGUAG